AUGCUGCAUACCACAUCGUACCGCGGUGUCUUUUUCACUAGCAGCCCGUCAAACAUUCUGUGUGACCAAGAAUGCAGUGCGCCGUAUGAUUCUGAUUGCGACAGGCCGCUUACCUAUUACGAUGACACUGAUACACUGGCUACCCGCUGUUCGAUCUUAGAAAGCUUUGGCAAGACACGACGAAGUUUCUCAUCCGUGUUUCCUGACAAAAUGGCUCAAUCACAAAGUGAUGUUAGUAGCUCAGUGAUAUCUUUGGUUGCCACACAUCUUCCAACCAUUCGCCGAUGUUAUCAGCGAAAGGUGCGAGCUAUUCUAUCAGAGGCCCGCCAGAAGAUCAAUAGGAGCCAUGUGGCACGAAGGAAGUCCAGGGUAAAAGGUGCUUUCAGCAGACUGGCGUCACAUUCGCUGAUUCGCUCCCUAGCAGAGACACGCGCUGUUAAGCAACUCAACGUCGUAAAGCACACGCGUAGUUUGAGCGGUGUCGGGAGCAUCUCGUUUCAGAUCGGCCAAGGUGAUGUGCUUGUCCAAGACCAGACUAUGUCGGCGCUGCUCGACGUUAACUAUAUCGGAGAAAGCUGCUGUCUGCAGAAAUAUACGACGAGCAUCGGGGUGUGCGCUAGUUAUCGUGUUGAGGACGACCCAAUCUUCCACUAUACGACUCGCCGACAGCCGGGUGCAAUGACUAGCGGGAAUGACGAGGGCGGGCUGGCAAAGAAGCACGAACUAUGGGCGAGACAUGUGGCUGACGAUGAAGUAGCAGAGUACGUGCUGCGAUUGGUCGUAGGCUGUCUUGGUGAUUCGGAGGAGGUAUUUCAUGCACUGAAGACUGAGCUCAACUUCUCUCACGCAUACACGGCAUACAGCGAGCUAAAGAAGUUGCACGACUCAAGGCAGCGAACGCGCGCAAGACUGGAUCAAGUUGGCAAGCUUUGUCGUGAUGAAAAGCGCGCGGCGGAUCCGGGCGUUGCGGCUAUCGUCAAGUUGAUGGAGCAGUCACGGCUGUCUUGGGCCAACCGCACGGCAGCCUUCGAUCAACGCUUGCAGCCACCGAUCAGCAGCCUCGAGUCCAACCUUAUCGAUAGUCUCGUGAAAAGCGAAUCGGCUGGCAUGGCAGGGCUGGGGUUGCGCGUGACAGACUCUUAUGACGAGCUGGUAAAUGUGUAUUGUGGCUCGUUUUGUCGGAUGUGCUACACAUAUACUUGCCACGAGCAUGGCUGGGAUCACCCGCUGCCGAUCAGACGCGUAGAUCCCGUGUACCCUCGUGUUCAGUUUGUGCCGCACCUGCCUGUACCUAAUGAAGCAUCACCUUCUCUGGCUUCUUCGGAUGAAGACGUGAUUUAUCUGGGGAGCAAAGUAUCAGGACAGCCAAGAGCUGCAGAUUUUACAGCGGAUAGGAGUACCCGCCGUGACGAAUCGCUGCAACGUGUGGCCGAAUUGCACCAAAGCCGGUGCGAUAUCGGCAGUGAUGAAGAUUCAGUAAGUGGUGUCAAAAGACCUCAGCGACGGCGAUACAAUACGCAAGAUGAUCCGUCCGAGUACAUUGACACCUCACUUAUACCGCUCGUGGUGGCAAAGAUGCGUUUGUGUCUUUCGACGCGAAGGGCGUGUGGCAAAUUGUGCUGGAAAAAUGGCGGCGUCAUCGGUAAUUGGCGGGCCAAGUUGUCACCAGCGGAGAUGGCUUUGAUUCGAAAGCUCCGAGAGGUGACGGGCGAUAACCCGUGCGUGCUGGCGGCUGUGGUCGGCGGUUUGGCCAGUUGUACAGAACUACGCGAUUUGAUGAAGCAAGAGGUUGAUACCGACGAACAUUUAGCAGCUAACGGCGCAGGGAGAGUGAGGCGUCAUGUACAAAAUUGGAAGCAGGGGUGGACAUCAAGCGGGAAAAAUUAUAAGUUGCUACAGAGCACUCGAGAUCAGCGAUUGCAGGACCGAGGAACAGGGAACCACGAGUACAAACCUUGCAUGCAUCAAGGCAUGUGCGACACCGCUGGCUGCUCGUGCAUGAAACGCGAUCAUAUGUGCGAGAAGGCAUGCGCGUGCUCUCGCGAUUGUCCCAACAGAUUUGAAGGGUGUACCUGUGCGCCUGGUGAAUGCCGUACUAGUAACUGCCCAUGUUUUAUGGCUCUGCGCGAGUGUGAUCCUGACGUUUGCGUGGCAUGCGGUGCCAGCGAAUUGGCAGUGCGCAGACGUCCGCAGUCAACUUGUGACAACGUAAACGUGAUUGGAGGCAACCACAAACGACUGGGCAUGAGCUUUUCCUCUGUUCACGGUUAUGGUGUAUAUGCACGAGAAGCAAUUGCAGCAAACGAGUUUGUAUACGAAUAUACUGGCGCGAUGAUCUCGCAAAGCGAGGCGGAGCGCCGUGGUCUGAUCUACGACAAGAUGGAGACAAGCUAUUUGUUUGAUCUGAAUGAGGACUUGGUGCUGGAUGCCAUUCGUUCCGGUAACAAGAGCAAGUUUAUUAAUCACGAAGGAGAUACACCAAACUGUACGGCAAAGGUAGUUAGCGUGUGUGGUGUGCACCACAUCACGAUUUGGACACUGAGCGAUAUCGCGGCUGGGGAGGAGUUGACUUUCGAUUAUCGAUACAACCAGAGCGUUGGUCCGGACUGGAGUCAGCGUCGAGAACAGCUGGGGAAUACCGCUCCGAUACGCGCAGAGUCGUGA